AUGAAUGUGAAGUAUCGUCAUGAGGAAGACGAUCUUUUUCCUGAUCCAACUAUGUUGCGACAAUUAGUUGGGAUUCUAAAUUACCUUACUAUUACUCAGAUUGAUAUCUCUUUUGCAGUGCAACAAGUUAGUCAAUUUAUGCAAGCUCACCAUCAUCUUCACUUGGUGGCUGUUCGUCGCAUCAUUUGUUAUCUUCUAGGAACAUCUACUCAUGGAUUGUUCUUUCCAAAUGGUUAUCCUAUUCGUCUUAAUGCUUUUAGUGAUUCUACGGGAUGUCCUGAUACUCGUCGUUCUGUCACUGGUCAUGGAAAAGUUAUAUGGCUUCGUGGAUUACUUCUUGAGAUUGGAUUUCCUCAAUCUCAUCCUACUCCUCUCCAUGCUGAUAAUAUAAGUUCUAUUCAGAUUGUUACUAAUCCUAUUUUCAUGAGAAGAUCAAACACAUCAAAGUAG